AAAAAUCCAAAAUAUUUAACAGACCAUCAACCAUUUACCUAUUCUUCUUGUGUCUAAGACUUCAGUUUUUGGUUUUUGAGUCAUAUCCACACCUUUUAUUCCUUUCUCAAGAGCCUCCGCUUCGUUUCCCACGCGGCCUUUGUUAACAAUGGCGCCCCGGAAGGCCGCAGCGACCAGAUCUUCGACGCGUAUCAAAAGCGCCCCAACCACUACAACUGCCAUCGCGCCAAAGAAGGCUGGCGUUAAGAAAGCGACUGCGGUCCCCACUGCUACGAAGAAGCAGAAAGCGAGUGCAGCUGCUCUCAAGUCUACUAAAGCUGCCAGCACCAAGGCUACUGCUGCCAAGGAUACAACCACCAAAGCUCCGCGCAAAGCAAAGGCUGAUGAGGCCCCUGUUUCCAAGAAGCGCAAGGUUGUCUCUGAAGAUGAAACCGAACCAAGGCCCAAGAAAGCUCGGGCUGCCAAAGAAGAAGCUCCCAAGCCGAAGAGGACUCGCGUCACAGCGUCGCCCGCUGUUAAACCCCCUAAGCCAAAAGUCGUGAUUAACGAAGCCCCUACCGAAAAAUUGAACAUUUAUGUCUUUGGCGAAGGCAGCUCUGGUGAACUCGGACUCGGAACCGCGAAGAAUGCGGUUGACGUGAAAAGACCUCGUCUUAACCCACUUUUGCUGGCUGAUAAAAUUGGUGUUGUCCAAAUUGCGACCGGUGGGAUGCAUUGUGUUGCGCUUACCCACGACAACAAAAUCUACACCUGGGGGGUCAAUGAUCAGGGUGCUUUGGGUCGUGACACCACCUGGGAGGGCAAGUUAAAGGAUAUCGACGACGCUGGCAGCGAUUCUGACUCGGACGAUGGAAGUGACAGCGGCAUGAACCCCAAGGAGGCCACUCCAACUCCAAUUCCGGCUGAUUAUUUCCCGGAAGGAACCAUUUUUGUUGAGGUUGCUGCUGGAGAUAGCUCUUCAUUCGCUCUCACUGAUGAUGGUUUUGUUUAUGGUUGGGGUACAUUCCGCGGAAAUGAAGGCAUUCUAGGUUUUGAUGCCACCACCCGUGUUCAGACUACUCCUAAACUUAUUCCAUCUCUCAAGAAGAUCAAACACAUUGCUUGUGGUGAUAACCACGCUCUCGCACUAGAUACAAAAGGUGCCGUAUUUGCUUGGGGUUCUGGACAGCAGAACCAACUUGGUCGUCGCAUUGUUGAGCGUACCAAGCUGAACGGGCUUCACCCACGUGAAUUCGGAUUGCCCAAGAAUAUCACCUAUAUUGACUGUGGAUCAUUCCACUCUUUUGCGAUUCACCAGACUGGCAAAGUUUACAGUUGGGGUUUGAAUAGCUAUGGCGAAACCGGCAUUCCUCAAGGUGCUGGAUCCGACGAAGCAGUCAUUUUGCACCCGGAGGUUGUGAAGUCUUUGAAGGAUAAAAAUGUUAUCCAACUUUGCGGUGGUUCCCAUCAUUCUCUUGCUGUUACCAAAGAUGGAGAGUGUCUUGUUUGGGGUCGCGUUGACGGCUUCCAGACCGGCUUGGAUAUCAAAAGUCUUCCUGAUGAUGCAGUUAUUAAGGAUGAUAGAGAUCGUGCCCGUAUUCUCUCUGUCCCCACCGCUGUUCCUGGCAUCGAUGCCAAAUUUGUUGCUGCAGGUGCGGAUCAUUCAAUUGCUAUUGCGAAAGAUGGACGUGCCUGGACUUGGGGCUUUUCUGCAAAUUACCAGACCGGCCAGGGCACUGAUGACGAUAUCGAGGUUGCUACUGUCGUUGAUAAUACGGCUGUGAGAGGCAAGAUGUUGAACUGGGCUGGUGCCGGUGGACAAUAUUCUGUUCUUGCUGGACCUGCGGUUACCGUCAAUGGCGUUGCUGCAAACGCUGAUGCUCCGAAUGGAAACGUUCAGGGAGCGAACUAG